ACAAACACACGCUGCGAUGCGGAGCCGUCAUACGGCCAGCUAUCCUCACCCCUCUCGCCGUCAGAAUUGCACUGUAGAAGGAGAAAGAUAGCGGUAGAUUCAAACCAUCCCUUUCGAGUCUCCUCCCACCAGUGCAGCUCUCCUAAGGCCAGCAGCCCUCUGUGCCUCUCCGUCCGUAGCUCUCUAUCCUUCUCCUCUUUUCCUUCCCCAGCGUUGUGAACACGCGUCCUUAAUUGCUAGGCAUCUCUUUCCUCCUGCUCUACUUCUACCUCUUUGUCCCCCCCUCCCCCUCCCUCCCUCAUCAUCGUCCACCUACCUCUCCACAAUCAUAAACAAUCCCCCCCGGCCCGCAAAUAAGGGGGAAACAGGAAACAACGCAACGAACGGCGCCAUUCGCACACUGACACUCAUGCCGCCCGGUCCACUCACUCGCUUUGUAGCCUCGGCUCUAUUCUACCUGGGGCAGGCUCUCCCGUUUAUUCCCACAUACAUCCAUCUUAUCACCACUGCACUCUUACCCAUUGUUACCGGUUCAUUUGCGUCCCUCAAACGUCCCGGAAACGCCGCUCGUCCUCCACCUGAGCAUCGAAACUUUGACGAGGUCGAUGCCGAAAGAGAGGAUGAACCGUCUCAUGUGGAGAACCUGACAGCAUCCGACGCCCUGUGGUUCCCCGUGACCGCUGGUCUUUGUCUCGGGUCUCUCUACUUGAUCAUUAAAUACCUCGAUGAUCCCUCCAUAAUCAACAAGAUUCUCACCUGGUACUUCUGCGGAAUGGGAGCGUUUGCUAUUGCGAAGGGCUUCUCGGAUUCCCUUGGCGUGCUUGUGACAUACGUUUUCCCGAGACGCUACCGUUCGAGGAAGGAUGGGAAGCUCUACGUUGCCGGCUAUAACUCCUACAGGGUCAAGGGAGGUGAGAGUGUCGAGAAUGGGAACCCAUCUGUAUCUCUUAUUCCCCAGUUCGUGGUCGAAUCAAUGUGGUCGCUUCGUAGGGCUCUCUAUGCGAGAUAUACGCUGGUGGGCGGUAGCACCAAGAAUCCAACAUUCAAGGCAACAUUCUGGGUGGGAGAUCUUGCUGGCCUGGUGGCCGGGAUCCUUGCUGUGGGGACUUAUGCGCUCGGGGGAAAGCACUGGUUAUUGACCAAUAUCAUGGGCACCAGCUUUGCGUAUGGAGCUGUGCAGGUUGGUGCACCCCUUCAUGGCCUUCCGGGACUUGGUGCUAAUCAUUGUCUGCUGCAGCUGUUAUCCCCAACUACGUUCACGACCGCAUCCAUCUUGCUCGGUGCUCUUUUCUUCUAUGAUAUAUUUUUCGUUUUCUAUACCCCAAUGAUGGUUACCGUCGCUACAACUCUCGACGUCCCUAUCAAGCUGCUUUUUCCUCGCCCAAGUGCGUCGCCCAGUAGCGCACAAGCAUUAGCAAUGCUCGGCUUGGGCGACGUUGUGAUCCCGGGCCUAGUCAUUGCCAUGGCGCUACGGUAUGAUUUGUGGAGGUUCUACGAAAAGAAGCGUCUUCUAAACCUGGCCGAUGCCGAGAAGGAGCAAUCCGCCGCACUCGUCGAUGCUGAUGGACACGACCUAAAGCGAAGGAAGAAGGAUCUUGCGGAGAAGGCCAAAGAGACCUAUGUGAAAGUAGCCGGUAAUUGGGGAGAGAGAUAUUGGACCGCAGACGAAGACGGAGCGGAAUUCAGCAAAUUCUACUUUUACAUGUCUCUAGGGGGAUACUUUGUGGGUAUGCUCACAACACUUGUAGUCAUGCAUGUGUUUAAACACGCUCAGCCUGCCUUGUUGUAUCUUGUCCCAGGAGUGUUGGGCAGCGUUUGGCUGGGUGCUCUGAUGAAAGGAGAGCUUGGGGUAAUGUGGAAUUACAGCGAGGAAGAAGAAGCCUCCGGUCCGGAUACUCCUACUACGGAUGGAGACCCAAUGGAGGCCGAGGGGAAAAAGAACGGGCCCGAUAUGGAAUCGACUAUGAAGGAGCAGAAAGCGGGGAUCUCGGAGGAAGAAGCUUCAGCAGAACUGGUUGAAACUGUGCAGGAUGAAGAGUGGAUGAGGAUUACCCUCACCAAGAGGUCAACAACAUUGCGGCCACUGGCGAAAUCCAAUUCUUGUUCUGAGGUGGAUAGCGAUUCCUCUAGUGCUUCGAUGUCCAUCUCCACUGUGAGCUCUGUUUCUGAAGGCGAAUGAUGGACAGGAGUCAUGUAAAUUAAUAAUUUUGCAAAUCUCAUACUUUGUUUUUUCUCUUUUUCUCUUCUCUCGCGUCUAAAGACUGUAGAUGGGUGGGUGGGGUUAGGGGGUUGGGAUCUUUGCUUUUUUUCCCCGUUUUCUUUCUCGUUUAGCUGCUGCUUGUUGUUCCCUUCUGAUGUAUAUAACAUGAUAGAAGUUCCUUUUUGUUUUCG